UACGGGACCACCCCUUAGGUACCCUCUUUUUAACAAAAAAAUAAUCAUAGAAAUCGAAAUAAGUAAUAAAGAAUUAUCGCUGAACAUACAUAAAAAAAUAUUCCGACAAAUUGAGAAUGUCCUCCUUUCUUGAAGUCGGUUAAAACUACUUUCAAGAUCCUAUUUUUUUACGAAGAAAAAGUCAAUUUAUAUUAGGAUUAGUAAACUAACGCGUUGAUUUCUGAGCCAACGAGAUAUCUCAAGUUUACAGGUUAAAAACGUUGGUAAUUUAUUUUUAAUAUUUCAAAUAUUGUUAAAUUAUUAUGGAAAAAAUUUUAUGUACAACUAAAAUAUUCAGAUUUGUUUACAUUUUGUUUUAAAAUACUUUUUAUUAAAUGCACCUUGUACAGAGGCAUUUACGAUUAUUAGAAUCUAUAGUGGGAUUCCCAUCUUUCAAUAUAGCAUUCGUCAAUGUAAAUCGCAAAAUGCGUAACUCCACUUAGUUCUGAAAUACAGAUUAAGUAUAACUCGAUAUAGUACCAAAAUGGCAGAUUUACCAUCUGAAAAAUGCUCAUUUUAUUAUCCAUCCAAAUUACAUUAUUUCUCAUAAAAACAAGUUCAGUUUAAAUAAGUUCUAGGGUUUUAAUGAAAGUUAGUUUUUUGGCUCUCCUAAAGUAACAUUUUCGAUUUGCGAUUUACACUGAGAUAUGUCGAGACGUCUAUCUUAGUUCGACAGACUGCAAUUCUUAUGUAAUGGCUCUCUUGGUUCUCUUGAGUCUUCUCAUUUUAUUGGCAUUGUUGAGGAAGUUCCCAAGUUCCCAUGUUGAAGCAAUCGUUGUUGGUGACUACUGGCAAAUAUUCUAUUGUAUUUUUAAAGGUCUCCACUUUAAGGUCCCUACGAAGAUCAGUAUUGAGACAGUACUAGUGUGCAUCGACGAUGUUCCUUAAUACUUUAUUCUGGAAACAUUGAGUAACUUAUAUGGAUAACAUACGUCCAUAAGGGUUUCAAUAUCUGCAUGUAAAGAAGCAAUUUGUUAUAUGUGGAUAAAUUGGAUUUUUUUUAGCAACCAACACAUUCUUUUGUAUUUUAUACCAAUCUCUUCGCAUUUCUUUUUAAUAUGGACUUUCCACUGAAGUCUAGCAUCAAAAGAGUUUGCUGUAUUGGCAAAAUGAAUCUGAGUGUCGUUUAUUAUAUUCUAAUAGGAAAAUAUUAUUUUUGUUUGUUGCUGAAGUUGAAGUGGCCUUCAUUCAAUUUAACCUAUUUUGGAUAGUUUAUAAUAAUUUUCUAUUUCUACUCUGUUUCCCUCUGUAUAUAAUUAAAUAACGACAUGACGAAGCUUAUAGCCAGAGUAGUAGUUGUUUUCUGGAAGAAAGCGGUACUCGUACUAUUUUGUGAAACAUAAUUUUGAGUUAAAUUUCUUUCUUUACCUCUUGAUUACAUUUAAGUUUUGAACUACUUUACUUACUUGUCAAUUACUCAGAAAAACUCAAACAAGGUCAAGUUUGGGUAAUAAAGUAAGGUCGACCUUCCCUUCACCCAUCUAUUUAAUGGAUGACAGUUCCUUUUUUUAAAUCAAAUAUGUUUAUAAAUAUACUGCAAAUGGGUUACUUAAGAAAAUACGGUGCAGACUUAUUUAUUUUCCUAAAAAAAUACCUUGUAAAGUAUUCCCCAUUUAUUUAAAAACAUAUUUUAUUCAAUAAAAAAAAAACUUUUAUCUAUUAAACAGAUGGGUGAAGGUCGACCUUACUUACGGAUCCUGGAUUAUCAAAAAUCCGUUGUUGGCGUAUUGAGAAAACAGGAAAAUACCGACACACUUGAAGUUCAAAUCAAUCGUUCAAAAACACGGUUCACAAGGUGAAAUACGUAAAUAUAUUUCCAAUAAGAUAUUAUUAUUAGAUUAAUUAAAGCUUGGACAACAAUAUUGCAUUCUUUGUUAUUUAAAUAUUUAAAUGGAGCAUUGGAUUAAGCAAUUUUGAUAACUGUUAUCGUAAUCAUUUGGUAAUUAGGAAGUAAUAAGUUAGAAAAUCACGUAGUCCGAUCGUAUGUUCAAGAAGAUUUUGGAUUGGUCAAAAUAAAAGAUUAGAAGAGCCAAUUUGCUAAUUAGCAAAUCCUAUCGUUAGAUAUUUUGCAAGGGUUUUGGACACAGUUUUCAUAAUCGCUAAAAUUUAGUUUCUUAAAUACCCUUUAAAAUAAUUAUUAUAUUAAAUUGUACAAAAUUAUUAUUUUGCUUUGGUCAAAGUUUAAAGAUAAAUUUCUAUGUAAAAAAUCAAUGUUUUCAUCAAGGAUAAUAUUGAUAUCGUCAUUUUAAUAAACAAGGAAAUCAUCAAUAUCGUUAUAAAAAUUGUUUUAGAUUUUUUCAAUUAAUAAAGAUCGAGAUAAAGCAUUCCUUGUGCAUUCAAGGAUUUCUAGUUUAAAUUAGAUUAAUUUAAUAAUAAUUACAAAUUAUAAUAUGUAAAUCAUAUUUGAAGACAUUUAUACUUUUAAAUACUCGGAGUAAUGUUGAUUUUAAAAUAAACUAAAAAAAGUAAGAGAUAACAUAGAAAGAGGGAAAAGUUACAAAAGAUUAUCGUCAAUACAUCAAUAUCAUCAAUACAAGUACAGUUCAAAUUGUUUAAAAAAUAGAUCCUUUCAAAAUAAAGAAAUAAUAAAUUUGUUUAUCAUUGUUUUUCAUCCUCUAUCUGCAUACUGAUUUUAGAAUUAUAUUCAUAUUAUAUUUCCCCAAAUAUGUGAAUUCAUCGGUUUUAUGUAAUUAUCGGAAUUGCCUGAAAAUGUCUUCUUCGAGUCACUUGUUAAUAUGUUUCGAGAAUUAAAAUCCUAUCUCACAGUCGAUCCAAAUUUUCCUAAAAAAAUUGGGAAUUCCAAUCGGUCAGCGGUACGCACCAUUGUUGUACUUUUAUCUGAUGUAACUUUAUAGGAAAAUUGCAUUCAAUUAUAGUUUUAACACUGCUCUGUAAUUAUAAAAAGGCAAAAAACCAGAAAAAAAUUGCAAUCAUUUACUAACCACGUUCGUGUAUAAAAGAAAGAGUAGAUCAAUCAGUUUCAUACUGUUGUAUAGUUUUUCAAGAUACACUUUUUUUUAAUUGUGAAAUGAAGACAAUCAUCGAUGGUGUACCUGUUGACGUAAUACUAGACCCUAAACUGAUGCCGGGUGGCAACUACAUCAGAAUUGGAAAGGACUCAGCACACAGCACUUGCAUCUUGUUCGCACCACCUGCUGAAGAAGUCGGAAUUUUGGCGAAAUUUUUGGCAAUUUUCAAGAAACACGCAAUCAAUUUGCUGCACAUUGAAUCCAGACCAUCUGCAAAAUCUCCAGACAACUGUGAAUUCAUGGUGGAAUGUGCCGCGUCUCAGAAUUUGGGAGCAGCUAUUCACGAGUUGAAGGCUAUCAGUGAAUAUUUACAAAUUAUUUCUAGGGAUUACAAAGAUAAUAAAGAUUCCGUUCCUUGGUUUCCGAGACGUAUAAGAGACUUGGACCGCUUUGCUAACCAAAUUUUAUCGUACGGAGCAGAAUUAGAUGCUGAUCAUCCAGGAUUUACAGAUCCUGAAUACAGAGCGCGUAGAAAAUACUUUGCCGACAUUGCCUUCAAUUACAAACAUGGUCAAAAAUUACCGCACGUAGAUUAUUCAGAAGAAGAGACUGAAACAUGGGGUAAAGUUUUCAGACAGCUUACCACUUUGUAUCCAAGUCAUGCCUGCAAGGAACACAAUUACGUAUUUCCCCUUUUGGUUGAAAACUGUGGUUACAGGGAGGAUAAUAUACCUCAGUUAGAAGACAUUUCCAAUUUCCUUAAAGAUUGUACUGGAUUUAGUGUUAGACCUGUAGCAGGACUUCUCUCGUCCAGAGACUUUUUGGCCGGUCUGGCGUUUAGGGUGUUCCAUUCCACCCAAUACAUCAGACAUCCAAGCAAACCUUUUUACACACCAGAACCAGAUGUUUGUCACGAAUUAUUAGGACACGUACCACUAUUUGCUGAUCCCGAUUUUGCCCAGUUUUCGCAAGAAAUCGGUUUGGCAUCACUUGGAGCACCCGAUGAAUUUAUAGAAAAGUUGGCUACUUGUUUCUGGUUUACCGUCGAAUUCGGAUUGUGUAGAGAAAAUGGUGAUCUCAAAGCAUACGGUGCAGGUCUUUUGUCCAGUUUUGGAGAACUGCAGUACGCUCUAGAGGGUACACCUGAAAUUAGACCCUUCGAACCAUCGAAAACGGCUUUACAAAAAUAUCCAAUCACCGAGUACCAACCAAUAUAUUAUGUUGCUGAGAGCUUCGAAGAUGCCAAAGAAAAAAUGAUAAAAUAUGCCGCUACUAUCCCAAGAAAGUUCGGUGUUAGAUACAACGCCUACACUCAAAGUAUCGAAGUUUUGGAUUCGAAACCUCAAAUACAGAGAUUGGUCAAUAAUAUCUCGUCAGAAAUGUCAGUAUUGAUAGAUUCUCUAAGAAAAAUGUAAUUUGUAUCAUCUACCUACUUACCUGUUGCUAGUUUUAAGGAUUAUUUAUUUUUUUAAUUAAGCGAACUCGUCCAGUUUUUAUACUCUGUACUUUUAAGUUUUUUUAUAUGUAACUGUAACUUUUAAGCGAAUAAGAAUGUGAUAUAUCUUUAAUAAAAUUGAUAUUAAAAUUAUGCUGAAUUUCAUCGUUCAAUUCAUUUAAAAAACAUUUUUUGGACCGUUAUAAAAUUUGUGCAUAUUUUAUUGCUAUAUCAAUAGACACUUUUGGAAAUUUCAGGUUGUAAAAGAUAAGAGAAAUUGAUUUUUGAUGUCAACUUGAAAAAUAAUUAAUAAAUGUGAAAUUUUCUGA